AUGUUUGGCAAUCGAGUACUAUUACCUCUCUCAAUUGUCAACUAUCUUAUCCGUCCCUACACUGCUGAUGAUCUGGAUAAUCUUGCCAGCCUUGCAAUAACCAACAUUGAAAAACCAACCAACCCAUAUGUGCUGCAGAAAGAAGCUUUUUUGGAUAGAUUUUUCUUACCCUUUCUGGAUGCUAAUCCUCGACAUUGUUUUUUGGCACAAGAAGUUGUAGGGUCCGGAGAUGUUAAGAUUAUAAGUGCGGUAUCUGCUUAUCCCAAUGCUAGAGAGUUAUUUGGAAGGAUGCCGGAAUACAUUGCAUCAUUGAAGGCCAAGUAUACAGAACGAGGAGAGGGGAAAAUAGAGGUAAGAAGCGGUUUUUGGACGGCGAGAUUAUUCUGCUUGGCCCGUUUUGAGGACAUGUCAGAGUUGCUGGGUGUCAGCCUCACGGCCGAGUAUAAACUCAGCUUUGAAGGCAGCAUCCGGCACAUUUGGGAGCAGCUCAGUUUUACGAGGUGACC